UCUCCAAUCUUCACACGCUAUCCUCUCUCACUCUCUCCCAACUUCUGGAAAUUCGUGUGUUAAAACUCGACUGUAAAUGUAAAUCCCUUUCGAGGCAGUGAUCGAUCGAGAAUCGAAGCUAAGAAUGUCAGCGACGACUACUCCAGAUGCAGAUUUGGCUCCGUCUCCACCGUCUUCUCGAGUAGGGAGCUCUACUUCCGAUGGCGUCAUCGACUCCACGCCAUUCCUUCAUUCCGGCGAAUCCAGAUCGGAGAACGCCGAAUCCGAGGGAGAUAGCCAGAGAUCCAGUAGAAGAAAUGGCCUGAGGGAGGCGGCGAGGUUGCUCCGCCACGCUGGGAGCCGGCGGAUGAUGCGUGAGCCGUCGAUGCUGGUGAGGGAGACCGCGGCGGAGCAGCUGGAGGAGAGGCAGAGUGAUUGGGCGUACUCGAAGCCCGUGGUGGUCCUAGACAUUGUUUGGAAUGUGGCGUUUGUGGCGGUCGCGGUGGCUGUUCUGGUACUCAGCCGCGACGAGCUACCGAACAUGCCGUUGAGGGUUUGGGUGGUGGGUUACGCUCUGCAGUGCUUGAUACACAUGGCGUGCGUUUGCGUGGAGUACAGGCGGAGGCGGAGACGCCGGAGAGCUACUCCCCACCGAUCUUCAUCAUCAUCUUCUUCAUAUUCUUCCUCGGACGAUGGUAAUCAGGGAUUGAAUUUGUCGCAACAGUACGUUCCACUUGGGCAAUUGGAGGAGAAUGAAAACACCAGUUCUGCAAAGCAUCUAGAAUCAGCCAACACAAUGUUCUCAUUCAUCUGGUGGAUAAUUGGAUUCUACUGGGUAUCUGCAGGAGGCCAAACACUUGCACACGACUCUCCGCAGCUCUAUUGGUUAUGUAUAAUUUUUCUCGGCUUCGAUGUUUUCUUUGUUUUGUUCUGCAUGGCACUGGCUUGUGUGAUCGGCCUUGCUGUUUGCUGCUGUCUCCCAUGUAUAAUUGCAAUUUUAUAUGCCCUGGCCGACCAGCAGGAGGGAGCAUCAAAAGAUGACAUAGAUCACCUCCCAAAGUUCAUAUUCCGAAGGAUCGGUGAUGAUGAUAAGCUCCCAGGCGAGGCACAAAGAUCUACGGCCGGGGGAAUAAUGACGGAAUGCGGCACGGAUUCGCCUAUAGAACAUUCAAUUUCUCCAGAAGACGCGGAAUGCUGCAUAUGUCUAUGCGACUACGAAGAGGGAGUUGAACUACGAGAGCUUCCCUGCGGACACCACUUCCACUGCGCCUGCAUCGAGAAAUGGCUUCGCAUAAACUCGAAAUGUCCGCUUUGCAAGUUCAACAUCGUCAAUGACAGCAACCAUGUUUAGUCCGAACCGGUUCAUAUGCUGUGUACUGUUACUGUGUGUGUUUUUGUCUUGGGUAUGAGAAAUUGCACAAUACGUUUUGCGGUGUGUUAUUUUUGCACAUAAAGUUUCCUUUUUUUGUGGAAAGAGAGAUGUGUUUCUCCUUGUUCGUGCUCUUUAGGUUACUAUAAAUCUCAGAACUCGAACGUAUUUGCUCUUGAAAGGGGUAUAUACAAAGACUGUAGUUUGAUCUGUC